CAUUCUUUGUUGUCUAUCAAUUCGUGAUUUUUUUUAUCGCCAACAAGUUCGUCGUAGUAAUAAUAUUACCUUGUACUCGUAGCAACUAGCGACAAUGUGUGACUCGGAUAGUGAAGAAUUUGCUAGUGCUGAUGAAGAUUUCGAGGAAAUUGAGCCUGAUGAGUUGGAAGAGGUGCUUCAAAGCACCAAACCGUCGGAUGUCGGAUCUUCCAAGAAAAAGGGAGCGCACCCACCCUCUACACAAUCUGACGUGGAGCCUGUGGACACGAGCAAAGCUGAACAGGUGGACAGCACAAAACCCGACGGAAGCAGUAGGCCCGAUCCCUCAUCACAAUCCACCACAGUCGAUUCGAGGGUUAACACUGACGAAAAGGCUUCGGAAAAGACAAACAUUGAAGGGGCCGCGCAGGAUCAGCCAGCUACUGACACCCAGGUCACUAAGCUAGACGAAGGCAGAAGCGAUGAAGUUUCCAAAACUGGAAAAACAGUACCAACAAAAGAAGUUCGAAGCGAAAGUAAUAUACAAACCUCCGUGCAGUCAAACCUGGGGCCUGAGGAUUCCGAUCAGCAUGUUGUGCAAAAUAGCCCAAUACCUCCACCGCAAACUUCAUCCGAAGCAAAGACCUCCCAAGCGAAUGAUCCCACGGAAACUUCAACAACGUCGAAGAAGCUUGUGUUAAAACCUGCUAAACCACAGUUGCUGGAUGAAAUGGUAAAAGGAGUAGAGGAGAAGGAAGGAGAACAAGUACAAGAGCCUAGCAGAACCGGCACUGAUGAAGGAUGGGAUGACUUCGACGAUGAUUGGGGCGAUUUUACUGUUGAAGGAGGUGCCAGUAAUACAACGGCCAAACCCGACCCGGCAAAACAAAUGAAAAGUUCGAACACUUCGACUGUCUCAGCCGGAAAGCCAACGACGGCGGUGCCUAGCACUGCUAAAGCAAGCUUCCGCGAUGUCGACAUCGAUGAGGUCGAAGAUAAGCUGAAAGAUUUUAUGAAACAUAAAGACGACCCACCACUAACAUCCGUACUCGACCGACUUUCGAUGGCAGAGGAUAGCAAGUCAGCUGACGGUGCCGGCCAGUCGUGGGGCAGUUGGAAACCAUCCUGGGGUGGAGCAGCGGUUUCCUUCCUUUCAAGCGCAUCGAAAUCCGUUGCAUCCAUUACGACCAACAUCACGCAGGUGAUUGAGUCGGGCAUCGGUGUGCCCAAUCCGGAGGAAUUGGCCCGCCGUCAGGCGGAGGAAGAAGCAAAGCUAAAAGCGGAAGGCUACAUUCGAGAAGAAAGCGAACCAAACCAAGGCCCGCAGUCGAGCGAACGGCCGCUGGAUGAUAGAUUUGGAUUCGAUCAGCUCGUUUCCGGUGUGACACAGAUUAGCAGCAAGGUGAUCAGCGGUGGGUUGGACACGCUCGAGGGCAUCGGAAAGAAAACGAUGACCAUUUUGCAGGAGAACGAUCCCGGAUUGUUGAACAAGCGCAAAUUGCUCGGUUUGCAGCCGAACGACGGCGUGGUGUUAAGCCAGGUACUGCGCGAGGCCAAAGCCAAGACCGAGGAGCGCGAACGGAACCUGAAGCAAAUCCAGAAGCAUCAGUAUAAAAAGAAACUUCACUUUGAAACGCUGUUCGACGAUUACCACGGUUUAGUGCAUCUGGAGGCACUGGAAAUGCUGUCGAAGCAAGCGUCACUCAAGCUGGAAUCAUUGAUGGCCCCGUUGACGGGGAAGGCGCUGGAGGAGCUUCAGGAAACGAUGAGCGAGGUGAAGGAGCUGUGCGAACUGCCCGAAACGGACAACGACGAUGCGGACGGGUUACAUUCUGCGGACGAGCUGGAAGAAAAGCUGAAGGAAGCCAUCGCUGACCUCAAUCCGAACGUGAAGGUCGACUUCAGCGAAAUCGUUAAGAGUUGGGUCGAGUAUACCGGCUGGCUAGAGGACCGGAACGGCGAACGCACCGGCCAGGACGUGUUCGAAAAGGCCAUGCAUGCGUUAGCUCAAACGACAGCUCUGUGCGUGCUGCGAAUGCAUAAGCUAGCGGAGAUUCUGCUCAUCAGCGAGCACCACAGCACGGCCACGGAGGCCGACGUAGUGGUGCAGCUGACGACGGUUUUUGGCUGGCAUCUGAGCGGCGUUGCGACCAGAUUCUGCUCCGAGCUGACCAAGAUGAAGGAUGAGUCCGGCGACGAUAGCGACAGUGCGCUUAUAACCAACAUUUUCUUGGAGGGCUCGAACAGCACAUCCUAUGUUCAGAAUGCGUUUCAUCUCUUCGUGCCCAUCUUGCAACUUGGCGCGGCUUAAAGCAAACAAUGGCGUCAUCUCGUGCGAGUUAUUCUUCCUUCCUCCAGCAUCACCGGGCUAUAUCGAUGGUGUAUUUCCUUACUAAUGACUGCUUCAAAGCCUCAUUGUUAUUUUAGUGUAAUCAAUUUUUAUUGGAUAAAUAUAUAUAUGCAAAAAGAACAAAUAA